AUGUCGGCCGCUUCACUCACUCGCUCGUUCGCGAGACUCGCACUCGCCUCGGGCUCGCGCACCGCCACUCUCGCGCCUUCAGCCCGCCUCGCUGUUCCUCGACUCGCCCUCACUGCAUUGCCCAAGAACAACGCCCCCUCCUCGUUCCGCACAUACGCCGUGCCUGCCUCGGGCAACAUUCGUCUCGGCAACCUUCAGCCUGGCCAGCCCACCAAGACCCGCAAGCGACUUGGUCGUGGUCCUUCGUCCGGCCGCGGUGGCACGAGUACGCGCGGUCACAAGGGCCAGAAAGCACGCGCGGGCAACGGCAAGCCUGUCCCCGGCUUUGCGGGCGGUCAGACUCCGCUCACCCGUCUCUAUCCCAAGCGCGGCUUUACCAAUGUUCAUGGUCAGACGUACGUUCCAGUCAACCUGGACAAGAUCCAGCACUGGAUUGAUCGGGGUCUGUUGGAUCCUUCGCGACCCAUCACUGCCAAGGAGCUGUACGAGACGCGCUGCAUCCACUCGCUCAAGGACGGCGUCAAGAUCCUGGGCGAGGGCGCAACGCAUCUCGAGGCGCCACUCAACCUCGUCGUUUCGCGCGCUUCGCAGUCGGCUAUUGCUGCCAUCGAGGCGAAAGGCGGCAGCGUAGAGUGCAGGUACUACACCCCCUUGAGUCUGCGUGCGCUCGUCAAGCCACACAAGUUUGCAGGCAAGAUUCUCCCACGCCCCGCCGACCCCAUCGCAAAGAAGGACCUUGUGUGGUACUCGUCGCCUAGGAACCGUGGAUACUUGGCCAAGCGCGCGGCGCUCGCAAAGGCGCUUUCGCAACAACAGCCCGCCACCCCGGAACCCUCGGCUUGA